GUACACCUAACUAAAACUAAUGCAGUCUAAUACAACAGUCAGUAACUCCUGUUCAGUUUCAGUUGCAACUGUUUCAGAGACGUGUUGAUUCAUAUCAUCAGUUUGGAGGCUGCAGUUUGUGUGUUUUGGUUACAUCGCCCUCACACAUUUCAGCCUGUACCGGGAGGGAAGAAAGGCUCCAUCUUGACCCGGUUAGACUAUGUAGGAAAAGGUCAGAGGUCACGUGUCCAGAAGUGGUCUUCAGAAAUCAUUCAGUGUGUCAGUGCGCAGGUCGAGGGAGGUCAAGGAACCAUCUCUGCACCACUUGGCAGUUAAAGCCACACUGAGAAGGAUGGAAAAAGCUUGUGCGUGCACUCUCUGCUGGCUGUAGAGCUCCAGAGCGCCAUCAUGAGAUGGAGGGAAGUUCUUACAUUUCAAACAUGAUUUCCAGAUAGAGAUCGUCCAUGAGGUGCAACAAGUCAAACUUCACGUCCUCUGCAUCUCACACUGUGAAAUCAUCUGCUUCAGUUCACAGAUCGCCGUGCAGUUUCACCUCCAGAUGUUAUGGUUUCCAUCACCUGGAUAAACUGUCGGUCUGAUCAUCCAUUCAUCAGGUCUCAGCUGUCAACUUGAGCUAUUCCAGUCUCUCCAUGUACUCCUCAAGCAACUGGAGACGUACAGACGGGGGUCCACCAGUCCACCCCAGUGUGGGAAUCACUGCUGUGAACAAUCAGGAAAUGAUGACAAAGACUUCCACUUGGAGGAGGAGGAGGAGGAGGAGGAGGAGGAGGAGGAAGAGCUUGUUCAGAUCACUGCAGGCUUUAGUUGGAGCGUUGGAUGGUGGAGCGGUGAGACGCUGUGGACGGCAGCUGAUGGAGCAGAGCUACGGGGAGGUGAACCAGCUCGGCGGGGUGUUCGUUAACGGCCGGCCGCUCCCGAACGCGGUGCGGCUGCGGAUCGUGGAGCUGGCGCAGCUCGGGAUGCGGCCCUGCGACAUCAGCCGCCAGCUGCUGGUCUCCCACGGCUGCGUGUCCAAGAUCCUGACCCGCUACAACGACACCGGCUCCAUCCUGCCCGGAGCCAUCGGCGGCAGCAAGCCCCGGGUCACCACCCCCGCCGUGGUCAAGAGCAUCCGGGACUACAAGCAAGACGACCCGGGCAUCUUCGCCUGGGAGAUCCGGGACCGGCUUCUGUCGGACGGGGUGUGCGACAAGUACAACGUGCCGUCUGUGAGCUCCAUCAGCCGGAUUCUCAGGAAUAAAAUCGGGACUCUUUCGCAGCCGUAUGAGAGCAGCAAACCGGGCCCGGCUCAGCUCCACUACGGACACGUGUACCCGUACUCCUCCUACACCGGGCCCGCAGUGGCCCCCGGGACCGGCAGCGGCCCCGCCGGACACCACGGCCUGCCGCGGAGCUGGCACGACAUCGUGGGCAUCCGAGCCUUCGUGGACCCGGCAGCACUGUCCGGAUCUGACGGACACGCAGCCAAGAUGGAGGACUGGACCAGCAUGAGACCGUUUCCCUCUGCAGUCAGUGGAGUGGAGAAAACCACCACCGAGCCAGACCUCAAAUACCUGCAGCAGUCUUCGUCCAGUCUGCCUGGUUAUGUCUCAGCUUGUGCGUAUUCUCCACCGAACCAGUACGGCGUGUACGGAGGUCCAGCAGCCAACUACAUGAGCACUGGCCACCACUGGCAGCCCCAGUCCUCCAGUCUCGCUGCCAGUUUGACUCAGGCUCAUCCCGGCCCUGCAGCACCACCGGAGGCUGCUGAUUUGCACACUGCAACAUCUUUCAAACUUCCACAAAGAGACGAGGACAGGAAACCUCAGAGUCCUCCGUACAAACAUCAUCACACCGCUCACAGAUUGUCUUCAGGCUCGUGACGACACUGAGGAAACACAAAAAGAGAUGAUGAGACUUUAUUUCUGAGGAGAGUCGUGACAAAGUGAUUUUUUACUGCUCCAGACCAGACCAGAAGACCGGAAGGACAAAUGUCCUCUGACUGUAACAACUCAUCUAUGAUCAACUGCUUUCAGGACUUUAUUUAGAGAUUUAUUACAGUUCCCAGGAUGAGCAGCAUACAGACAUGCAGUGAAGGAAAAAUACACCAAGUGCACCCAGAAAUGUAAAGUAAAAGUAAACAACAAAACGGAGUCUGUUUUAUUUCCCUUUUCACCCCGAACAGAAAUAAUGUGUAUCAGCUAACACAGUCUUAAAGGUAUAAUUCAACAUUUUCAAGAGUUAGAUGAGAAGAUUGAUACCACUCUCAUGUCUGUCUGUUUCAGCUAGCAGCCGCUUAGCUUAGCAUAAAGACUGGAAACAAGGGGAAACAGCUAGCCUUGCUCUGUCCAAAGGCAUCAAAAUCCACCUGCCAGCACCUUUAAAGCUCACUAACUAACACAUGUUUUCGAGGUGUGUGUCGGGCACAGUGUCUUCCUAGAGUCUUUGCUGUUUGCGUGGCAACUGCUCAGAUCCAAGAAACAGUCCAGCACAUAACCGCUCGUAAAACAGCAAAUUGUUGUUUUUAUACUUCAGUUUUUGUAUGGAUUAAGCAAACGAGAUAUAACGUGUUCAUUAGUGAGCUUUAGAGGAGCUGAGAGCCAGAUUUUGUUGAUGAUGAUGAUGAUCUUUUUCCCCGUUUCCAGUCUUUAUGCUAAACUAAGCUAACUGAUACUCACCACUCUCAUGUUAGUUUGAUAUACAAUCUUCUCAUCUAACUCUCUGCCAAAAGGCGAAUAAGCAUAUUUCCCAAUCUGUCGAACUAUUCGCUUUAAUCUCCAUCUUUUUCCAUAUUUUUGUCAUGAAAGGGAACGUUUAAAUUGGAGUUGUAUCGUCUUGUAAAAUAUAUUGGUAAAGCUACAAAUAUAUUUUUCUAUAAAUGUGCUUAAUAAAGACAUGCAAUAGAAAAAUGUA